AUGCCGCAUUCACACGACUUCAAAAGACUGGGCUUUAUCGGCCUUGGUGCCAUGGGAAAACCGAUGCUGUCACAUCUCGCCAACAAACUGCCUCAAGAAUCGCGCAUCUGGGUUUACGAUGUAGUCGAACAGAUGGUAGACGAUGCAUGUGCAGAGUUUCCAGAUCGAGUGUUGAAGGCAAAAAGCGCAAAAGAUGUCGCGGAACAAGUCGACACAAUCAUAAGCAUGGUUCCCGAAGGUGCACAUGUACGAUCCGUGUAUCUCGAUCCUGAAAAAGGUGUCUGCAGUACCGAUAUCUCAAGCAAGCUGCUCAUCGACUGCUCGACCAUAGACACAGCAACAAGCCUCGCAGUGAAGGACCACAUCGCGGAAACAUUUCCCUCGGCCUCCUUCUAUGACUCUCCGGUCAGUGGCGGCGUAGUAGGAGCCAUCAAAGGCACGAUCGCAUUCUUUCUGGGUUGUGCAGAGUCGGACCCAAAUAUCGAGCGCCUCACAUAUCUGAUGGGUCUGAUGGGUGGGCAAGUAAUCCCUUGCGGGGGACCAUCGCUUGGACUUGCGGCGAAGCUAUCGAACAACUACCUCUCAGGCAUAAUUGCCAUAGCUUGCUCCGAAGCUUUCGACAUGGGUAUGCGCAGUGGGCUGGACCCUCGUACACUGGCCAAAGUAUACGCUGCCGGUACUGCGCAAAACACCAUCUGUGACAAGUUUUGCCCUGUCCCGCAUGUAUACCCUGAGGCUCCUUCGUCGGGAGGUUGGAAGCAGGGCUUCAAAGUACAGCUGAUGCGCAAGGAUUUUGGGCUGGCAGUGGAUAUGGCGAAACGAGUAGGUUCACAAAAUGUGCUGGGGGACGUCGGUUUACGGACGUACGAUGGUGCUGCCAACGAUCCGCGUUGUAGGGACUUGGACUCGCGCGUGGUGUAUCGCUAUCUUGGUGGGCAGGAAGACUGGCAACCCAAGACGAACGGCACAUAA